GUUUGAACAAUGUAUUUCAUAUGUUACCUACAUAAACAUUCCUACGACGUAGAAAUAAAGCACGGUGGGGGACGCAGGGACGACUUAUUUUUGGUAGAAUUUUAGAGUGUCAAAAAAUACUGUACCAUGGCAAAUCUAUGCAAAACUUUUGUUCGCUCUUUUGCAUCAAGUGCACAAAGAGCAAAUGUAUUUAACCAUGUGACAGUCAUUGGAGGAGGACUAAUGGGCUCAGGUAUUGCUCAGGUUGCUGCAUCAACAGGCCACACUGUGGUUAUGGUAGACCAGAACAACACUAUUCUAGCCAAAUCUACAUCAAACAUUCAAAAGAGUCUGGAAAGAGUAGCUAAAAAGAAGUUUGCUGAGAAUCCAGGGGCAGGAGAACAAUUUGUGAAGGACACCAUGGGUAGGAUAACCACAGCUACCAGCCCAACUACAUGUGUCUCCCACACAGAUCUCGUAAUAGAAGCAAUCGUAGAAAACCUAGACAUCAAGAAGAAGCUGUUCAGAGAACUAGAAGCAAUAGCCCCAGAACACACCGUUUUCACUAGUAAUACAUCUUCUAUUCCCAUUGGUGAUAUUGCUGUUGCAUCAAAGCGAAAGGACAGGUUUGGAGGACUGCACUUCUUCAACCCUGUCCCGAUGAUGAAGCUCCUGGAGGUCAUUAGAAUUCCUGCUACAAGUGAUGCCACAUUUGACAAGUUGCUGGGCUUCGGAAAAGACGUGGGAAAAGUCACAGUCAGUUGUAAGGACACUCCAGGGUUCAUUGUCAACAGACUAUUGGUGCCUUAUAUGAUGGAAGCGAUCAGAUUGGUGGAAAGAGGUGAUGCCUCUACGAGAGAUGUGGAUACAGCCAUGAAGCUUGGAGCAGGAUAUCCCAUGGGGCCAUUUGAAUUAAGUGAUUAUGUUGGAUUGGAUACCAUGAAGUUCAUCUUGGAUGGUUGGUGUCAGAAUUAUCCCGACAACCCACUCUUUCAACGCAGUCCUCUGUUGGAUAAAUAUGUAGCACAAGGGAAACUAGGAGUGAAGACAGGUGAAGGGUUUUACUCUUACAAAAAGUAAAGCUUGGACAAACUGUGAUGUAAAAGCAGUGGCUGAUGGACAGACAGUGCCAUACUUAUAGUGCUCAUUGAAUAUCAAGUGCAAGAUGGAUUUCAUUGAUGUUAGUCUCAGAGACUUUAGAUAUUUAUCAUAUUGAAAUGCAUCUGUAAAACACUCAUUAAAAUUAAAAAUGAA